AUGUCCGACGCUACCGUCGACGUCAAGGACAAGGAGCUGCUCUCCCAGCUGCCUGUGCUGGAUGAGAAGAAGACGAGCUCAGACUCGGACGUCGCGCUCGGGAAGGACUCCAAGCUCGACUCGGAGAGGGUCUCGUACGUCGAGGAGGACGCCCUCGGCGAGGUCCUGUAUAUAAACGGCGAGCCGGUCGUUCAAGACGGCAGGGAUGUCUCUCGCUUUGUUGUCGAUCUUCGCGACGACGGCGAUGAGGCGACCACAUUCCGCGGUCUGGUCCUUGGUACUAUUUUUGGCGGUUUGGGCGCUGCCCUCUACCAGAUCUAUACAUUCAAGCCGGUUCAGACUGUAGUCUCUGGUGUCUUCCUCAUGCUCAUCAUCUACGCUUUCGGAACUGCCUGGGCGAAUCUGCUCCCGAGGGCUCACUGGGUGGAGGGAACGCGCUUCGCCCGGCUCGGCCCCAUUAUCCAUUUCAUCAACCCGAGCACGGAGUUCAAGAUCAAGGAGCACGUCGUAGCUACGAUCAUUGCCAGUACAGCUGCCUACGGAUCAAGCGCUGUCCUCAACUUUGCCGUCCAACGCCUCUACUACGAUACUCACGUCAAUGCUACGACGGCUGUACUCGCUACUUUCUCUACGGCAGUCUUCGGUUAUAGUGUCGUCGGUCUCUUGCGCCCCCUUACGGUGUACCCCGCCGAGAUGGUCUAUUGGGCUAAUCUCCCCACCGUCUCUGUCUUCCAAUCGCUGCACUACGACAGGGAGAGCAACAAGAAGCGUCUCCGCCUCUUCUGGAUCGCUUUCGGCGCAAUGUUCGUCUACGAGAUAUUCCCGGCGUACAUCUUCCCUCUCUUGAACGGCUUCUCCAUCAUCUGUCUCGCCACGCAGAAGAGCAGGCCGGCCACGCUGGACGUCAUCACCAACAUCUUCGGUGGAUCAGACGGCAACGAGGGACUCGGUCUGCUCAACUUGAGCUUCGAUUGGCAAUACCUCGGCUCUUCGUACAUGUCGUUGCCACUCGUCCAGCAAGCCAACUCAUGGAUCGGUCUUGCCUUCUGCUACAUCGCUAUCCCCGCUAUCUUCUACUCGAACUUGUGGAACUCCAAGAUGUUCCCCAUGCUUUCGACUUCGAUCUUCAACUCGAACGGCACGCGGUACUCGCAGUCGUCCGUUUUCACCGGUCCCAGCCAGUCGCUCAACGAGACUGCGCUCGCGGAAGUCGGUCUGCCUUCCCUGACCGGAUCCAACGCAUGGGCCAACCUGAUGGCGAACGUCUCCAUCGGUGGACUCAUCGGUCACUGCAUCUUGUUCUGGGGCCCAUACGUCCUUGCGUCGUUCAAGCAGGCUCAGACCAAGACUCAGCCGGACCCUCACUGGCAGGCGAUGCAGAAGUACAAGGAGGCGCCUCACUGGUGGUACCUCGUUCUCAUGGUACUUUCCUUCUUUGCCGGCCUCAUCGCGAACUUGAAGGGCGACACGACGCUUCCUUGGUGGUCCUACAUCGUUGCGCUUGUCUCGGGUGCAUUCGUUACACCUUUCUCGACGCUCUUGUACGCUCGUAUGGGUAACGGUGUCGCCACCAACCAGCUCUUCAAGAUGAUUGCCGGUGCCGUGAACCCCGGAAAACCCGUGGCUAACCUCUACUUCUCGAUGUGGAGUCACGACGUCGUCAGCCAGUCGAUCGGUUUGGCACAGGACUUGAAGAUGGGACAGUACCUCAAGAUCCCUCCUCGCGUCUUAUUCUCCGUUCAGCUAUGGGGCACGAUCAUCGGUGCGAUUGUCAACUACGUCGUAAUGAACUCCAUCGUCGUGGCCCAGCGAGAGAUCUUGCUUGACCCCAUUGGUACCAACAUCUGGAGCGGUCAGACUGUCCAGUCGCUGAACUCGAACGCCGUCACCUGGGCUCUCGCCAAGCAGCUCUACGGUCCUAGCGGCCCCUACUUCAUCAUCCCCAUGGGUCUGUUCAUUGGUGCCGGCGUGUCCUUCUUCCAAUGGCUUUUGAACAAGCGUUUCCCGGUCAUUCUCGGAGUCCGUGUCGACAGUAUCAUGCUGCCGCUCAUCUACAUGUACGCUGCCUGGAUGUCUUCUGGUGUCAAUAGUACCAUCAUGAGCACGAUCAUCCUGGGUGUGACUUCUCAGGUCUGGCUUCGUCGCUACCACCCCGGCUGGUACAGGAAGUACAACUACAUUCUUGGUGGUGCCCUUGAUGGAGGCGCGCAAGUCAUGAUCUUCUUGCUAUCCUUCGCCGUCUUCGGUGCCUCCGGAAAGGAACGCCCAUUCCCUUCGUGGGCCGGAAACCCUGCCGCCGGCAAUGUGGACUACUGCAACGGCAACGGCGCUUUGGAUUGA